CAGUCCUCAGACCUCAGUGACGCUCAUUUGUGAGCCUGCUGCAUUAAAAGCAGAAUGAGGCGAUCAUCUGCACCAUCUCAGCUGGCUAAGAAACCAAGAUUUUUACCUCCUAUCAAAAAUCAGACCACAUCUUCUGAAACCAGAAAGGAUACAAAGAUUUCAACUGUUUUAGAUAAUCCAAGCCAUCUCUCAACAUCACAAAAGAAGGAAGAAAAUAGUGCUGCAGUUUCUUCAACUCGUCCUACAGAAGACAUCCUUGCACUUUUUUCAUUCAAACCUACACCUGAAUUGAUCAACACUUCUUCACCUGAGUCUUCUUACCAGACAGUAGACACAGAGAAUGUAUAUAGUAGCAGCAACUCUCCUGGCAUCAGGAUUCCAUCACAAAUUGAACAUAGUUCCCAUCAAAUUGCUGAUUCCAGUGAAAGUGUAGGCCUUGGGAAUCAAAUAGCUCAGGACCAUUUUACUGCACACAAACCAGUCAUUACACCAUUUAGGCAGAGAAACCAUGAUGAGGACAAUCAACAAAGAGACUCUACUAUACAUGCUCCAGAGGAAAGGUACUUCUCAGUGGUGUGGUGCAAGCGCUCUACCCGCAAACACAAGAAGUGGGAAGGAGAUGCUGUUCUCAUUGUUAAAACUAGAUCCGUGUUACUCAAGGAUAUGGAGGGUAAACUGAUCGGACAGUCAAGUGGAUAUAAAAUAGCAGAUUUGGCUUCACUUGAAGAUGGCAAUACUUUACCCAUCGGCGGGAAGGAAAUAGAGAUCCAAGGAAAGAUCAGUACCUCAGACUACUGCAGUGGUCGCUGCUUCCUCUCAAGUGACGUAAUUACUCCUACUGAAGUCGCUCUCCCGCCGGCGGCUCCCCGACCAAAGCCCAAGCCCUUCAAGCUGCCCACUGUCCACAAUGUAGUCAGAUCUGUCCCGCCAGCGUCUGGUCCUCGUGAUAAUCAACCUCUUUACUCAACGCAUCACGACCACUCCUUGAUAUUCCCACGCCCAACCGCAAGGCAACAGCUGCGUGAGGGGUGCGCCAGUGUCAGGGACGUGGUACUGGAUCCUCAUUUGAGCUGCAAGUUACGGCCGCACCAGAGGGAAGGCGUCAUCUUCCUAUACCAAUGCGUCUUGGGCCACUCCACCAUUUCCGGCGAUGGUAGUGAGCGCGGCUGCAUUCUGGCCGACGACAUGGGGCUUGGCAAGACACUGCAGUGCAUCGCGCUGGUCUGGACGCUUCUCAAACAGAACCCAUGGGCGGUUGGUGGUGUGAUCAACAGAGCGCUGGUGGUGGCUCCUAUCCAAGGAAAGAUCAGUACCUCAGACUACUGCAGUGGUCGCUGCUUCCUCUCAAGUGACGUAAUUACUCCUACUGAAGUCGCUCUCCCGCCGGCGGCUCCCCGACCAAAGCCCAAGCCCUUCAAGCUGCCCACUGUCCACAAUGUAGUCAGAUCUGUCCCGCCAGCGUCUGGUCCUCGUGAUAAUCAACCUCUUUACUCUACGCAUCACGACCACUCCUUGAUAUUCCCACGCCCAACCCCAAGGCAACAGCUGCGUGAGGGGUGCGCCAGUGUAAGGGACGUGGUCCUGGACCCUCAUUUGAGCUGCAAAUUACGGCCACAUCAGAGGGAAGGCGUCAUCUUCCUAUACCAAUGCGUCCUGGGCCACUCCACCAUUUCGGGCGAUGGCAGUGAGCGCGGCUGCAUUCUGGCCGACGACAUGGGGCUUGGCAAGACACUGCAGUGCAUCGCGCUUGUCUGGACGCUUCUCAAACAGAACCCAUGGGCGGUUGGUGGUGUGAUCAACAGAGCGCUGGUGGUGGCUCCCUCCAGCCUCGUCGCCAACUGGGGCAAGGAGUUCCACAAGUGGCUGGGCAGGGAACGCUUACAUGUUUACGUCGUUGAUAACAACAAUAAAGUUGAGGAUUUCUUCCGGCAGCAGCUUGCCCCUGUGUUGGUUGUAUCAUACGAGCAGCUGCUGCGGUGCCAAGACCUGUUAUGUAGACCAAGUCACGGCUUUGGUCUCAUCAUUUGCGACGAGGGCCACCGACUUAAGAACAGCGCCAGCAAGACAGCCGCGUCGCUCGCGGCGCUGUCCAUCUCGCGCCGCGUGCUGCUCACUGGCACUCCUGUGCAGAACGACUUACAGGAACUGUUCUCUCUCGCGAACUUCGUGGUGCCCGGCGUGCUGGGCAGCAGCGCCGCGUUCAGACGCCUGUACGAGGAGCCCAUCGUGUCUGCCCAGCAAGCCUGCGCCACGCCAGUCGAGAAACAACUCGGUGGUGACCGCGUCAAAGAACUCAACCGCAUCACGUCUCAGUUCAUCCUCCGCCGCACUCAGGCCAUCAUCAACAAAUACCUGCCACCUAAAGUUGAGUGCGUUGUGUUCUGCCAAGCGAGUGCGAGUCAGGAGGCCGUGUACCGCGAUGCUGCUCGCCUCGUGUCCAGCGCCGCACUGACGGCCGCUGCGGGUGUCGACCAUCUCUCUACCAUCAUACUGCUCAGGAAAAUCUGCAACCAUCCCACGCUGGUCAACCCGGCAGCGGGCAGCGAUGAAGAGCUUGGCACUUUCGCGCCCCAGGACCCCAGCGUGCAGCGGCUGUCUGAGCGCGCGCGUCUCCUGCUGCCCUCGCACCUGCAAGACACCGUCGCGUCCUCUGAGGAGGACAGCGGCAAGUUAGCAGUGGUAUCAUGUCUACUAUGGCAGCUGUCAAGUACCAAAGAGCGCAUUGUUUUGGUCUCACACUUCACCAGCACGCUGGACCUGCUACAGCGCCUGUGUGACCGCUACAGCUACACGCACACACGUCUUGAUGGAGCUACACCGCCACACAAGAGACAGAACAUCGUAGACGCAUUCAAUAGCAAACACAGCCAAACUUUCGUGUUCCUGCUGUCGUCGCGGGCGGGCGGUGUGGGCCUGAACCUGACAGGAGCGUCACGCAUUCUCCUCUACGAUGUCGACUGGAACCCCGCGACAGACCUGCAGGCCAUGGCGAGGGUCUGGCGUGAUGGCCAGACCAGGACCACGCACAUAUAUCGUUUAGUGCUAAGCGGCAGCGUGGAGGAGCGCAUGUACCAGCGUCAGGUUCAGAAGCAAGGCCUGAGCGGCGCUGUCGUGGACGCCAAGAACCACAACAACUCCAAAGUUGCGUUCUCAUUGCAAGAACUUCGGGACCUGUACAGCUACGAGAGCCUCGGCACCUGCAUAACCCACGACCAGCUGCAGUGCAGCUGUGACCUGCGGGGCGGCCCCUGCCUACCGCCAGCGGCGUCUCAAGACGCACCCCUCAGAGCAUGUCAGUUGCGCGUUGGCUACAGCGGCGCUGCAGAAGAAGGCCUCGCGUGCACCAUGGACAGGCUGUACGAGUGGCAGCACUACAGUAGCGAUCACAUCUCCUCACUCCAGGACGCGUGUUUGGAGGCUGGAGCUGAAUUCAUCAACAUGGUGUUCCGUUACCAGGCCGACGCCACGGCCAGCACUUCGACUGAGAAUAUCUGAUCGUCGUCCAAACUUCCUGUAUUUUCUGCACUAAUUUAUGUAGAAAAAAACGAGAAUCAUACCAAAGCGUUUAUUCUAAAAAAGUUGGAAAAUAAAGUCGAUCUUAAAAUGAACUUAUGUAAGAGUUUCUUUUUAAAUCAUUCACGUAACUAGAAUCUGGAACUUCUUUUUGGGCAGUAAAUAACGCACUUACUUUGAAGCAAUGCAAGGGUGGUCUUGUCCAGUGAGUAAAAUGAUGUAUUAAAAAUAAUUUACCGCGAUACAAAUGGACUUCGCUAACUCUAAAUAUAGCUAAAAUACUCAUUAUCAGAAAGUCAUCCGGUACUUUACAAUGAUCCUUAUUACAAGUAUGUUGCAGGCAAUACAAUCGCAUCACCAUGCGCACUGAACACAAUAUAUCUCGUACAUUUAAUAAAAUACAGGAAUCUUGCAGCUUCCGCAUCAUGUUAGUUUUCAUUCCUUCGCCGGAGUAUCCCUCGUGAAGGGAUUUGCGUCACAGGUCCGUGUCUAAAGUUGGACUUUUGAAUCGGGUCACACUGAGGACAAAUGAAUCUAUUUUCCUGGGGCUGUUUCGGGCCUAAACAAUGACACACGUGGAUAUGCUGCGCUCCUCGGCAAUCAUUCUCAUCGUUAACAGGAGGAUGUCUUCUUUCUUUGGACGGAUCACGAUUAGCGCCGCUCAGUUGCACGUCUUUUGUAUUUCUGUUUCUCGUAGUGUUAGUUCGUUCAGAUUCUCCAGUGAGCUCAUUAAAC